AUGAAGUUCUUCAGCGCCGUCUCUGUCCUGCUCGCCGCAAUGGCUGGGCCUUCGUUGGCAAUGCCCAAUGCGAACCCAGGGCUUUCUCCCCUUGUUGACUCCCCGAACCUGGUCGCUAGAGCCCCCGAUGAUGACCCCACCACCACUGUCAAGAUCCCAGGAUCUGAUAAAACCACGACAAAGGAACCACCUGCAAGAGGUGACGGCUACUUGAAACGUUUUGUUCAAAACACGCUCGACGAGAUGAACUCUGUAAGCCAGAACACCACCCAGUACAUGACUUGGUUAACGGAUCAGGGCGAACUUGACUGGAACCUUUUGGCUCAAGACGCUGUCAAGGUUUCUGGCCAGAUAAUCAGCUCCAUCGAUUUAAAUACCAUGGUGGAAGAUAUGCUUCGCCAGAUAGCCAACUAUAUACGCUAUUUCGCGAAGGGGAUGUCACCUAUAGAUGCAAUUCUCGAGGUGAUGUUUAGCGUUGCCAAAGCGCUCCUCGCCAAGGUCAGCCUGAACACCCGAGUGCAGAUGUCCAUGUCCAUGACAGGAUAUCUUGUCUCAGCAAUGGACUUUGACUCGGCGAUGAGGAUCAUCUUUGAGUUUUUGAAUGGGUUGAUCUAG